GUGACGAAAGUCGUGGAAACAGCAACCGAAUUCGCAAUCUCUCCUAGCAGCGAUCGUGAGCUAGGAUGGGCGAUGAAGCGCUAGCGUGCCUUUCCUUAGCACUUGCGCUGUGCCUUACCUUAGUAUUUGAUCUGCGUCAUAAUAUUCCUUCACCUAGCUCUCCGCCUCAGAACGCGACUCAAGUAAACAGGCUCACCCGUGCGCUGCGGACUAGGCGCAAGUGACGCAUUAUCCUGUCGCCGUACGUCGCGGAUUGCCUCUAGAUCGACUUUACGUAGGUCGCUGCUCGCCCCAUUUGGUCACCUCUUGAACCGGGCUCGUUGCGCCGUCAUCGCUGCACCUCUCCCAACUCUUGUCCACCGCUCCCCGCUACCCCGCUUCCUGCUGCCCGCUGCCCGCUGCCCGCUUCCCGCUUCCCGCAUCCCUCUGCCCGCUGCCGGCUUCCCGCUGCCCGCUGCCCGCUGCCCGCUUCCCGCUGCCCGCUGCCCGCUGCCCGCUGCCCGCUGCCCGCUUCCCGCUGCCCUCUACACCAUGCCAUGACAUGCUACGAAAAUGUCUAAAGCGGCCGUCAUGGCACGUCUAUGUUGGAUUCGGACAUGCCACGGCAUGUCCAAUUCUGGUUCUUGGGGGAAAAGGAGGGGCAGUGAUUGCCUGAUUGCGCUGCUCUAUAAAAGACUGUAUGAGCAGUGGGGCUAAUGGCUGUGGCUCGCGCGAUUGAAAAUGAGCAUGGCAAAUAAUCAGCCGUUCAGAACGAUCAGAGGGUUGAUGAUUAUCGUGGCAUGGCUAGGCAUGGCAUGGCUUGACCUGUUGGGUAUG